AUGAAGCGGCUUCAUCUGGCGUUAGGCCUGUUCUUUGCUUGUGGCGCUUAUGCUGAGUCUCAAGGACAAUGUUCUGGAGAAGUGCAGACUCAAACCUCGGAGGUAGUUGUCUGGGUCAACGAACAAGGAGUACCGAUUAGCACGGAGACAACCCGUAUUGUUCCGACUGCUGUGCCGCAAGGGAAUCCUGCAGCCGUUCCCCAGGUCUCGAUACCGAAGUCGAAUCUUGAGGUGAAGGCCAACGUGCCGGCGCCCAUUGAACCCAAGAAAGAUGAGCCCAAGCAGGAUGCGCCAGACCAUAAGCCUGUGUCGGGAAUUCAUAGGGCGAACAGGCCUCAUGUUCACCCUAAACAUCCUGCGCCUGCACCUCCAGCACCUCUCGUGCCUUUGCCUAAGCUUCCUAAACCUGAGCUCCCCAAAGCUCAACUUCCCAAGCCUCCGCUCCCUCCGCUGCCUCAGCAUCCUGUGCUUCCUCUCCAGCCACAUCCACCCCAUCCGGUACCUCACCCGCAUCCCGGCCCCAAUGCGGACUCUCAUCGCCAAUUCGGAAUCUCCUACUCACCAUAUAAGGCGAACCGAGCCUGCAAGAGUCAAGCGGAGGUAAACGAAGACCUCGAUAAGCUGUCAGAUUACAAGUUCAUCCGGAUAUAUGGCACGGACUGCGAUCAGACGAAGUUGGUGGUUAACGCGGCCAGAAAGCACAACAUGAAAGUUUUCGCAGGAAUCUAUGAUUUGACUGAUUUCCCUGCUAGCCUCAAAACAUUCGGCGAGGCUGCCACUAGACCCGACGGGAAGAGAGAUUGGUCGGUUUUCCACACAAUUAGCGUCGGCAAUGAACUGGUCAAUGGCGGCAUGGCCUCACCUGGAGAUGUCGUCCACGCUGUCAACCAAGCUCGGACAAUCCUCCGUGGCCAGGGAUACCAAGGACCCGUUGUAACAGUUGAUACAUUCUCCGUCCUCCUCAAACACCCAGAGCUAUGCAAAGCAUCAGACUACUGCGCUGCAAACUGCCACGCCUUCUUCGACGCCACCAAGCACCCGCAAAAUGCCGGCCCCUAUGCGAUAGAACAAGCCCGCAGCGUCUCAGAAGCCGCUGGCGGCAAGCACACUAUGAUUACCGAGUCCGGAUGGCCGCAUGCCGGACAAUCCAACGGCGCCGCAGUCCCAUCACCAGAAAACCAGCGAAUCGCAGUUGAAAGUCUACGGAAAAGCUUUGCGCACCGAAGCGACGACCUUGUCCUGUUCACUGCCUUUGAUGAUCUCUGGAAAGAUGAUAACCGGUGGACCUUCAACGCAGAGCGAUUCUGGGGGAUUCAUCGUCAAUAA